UGCGCUUGCAACAUUCAACGUUCGUUUGUUAGCUUUUUUUACUGUCUCUUGUUUAUGGUUUGUGUGACGGACUUCAAUUUGGUUCGUAGAUACUACUACAGAGUUUCAAAAAUGUGUUUGAAAUGGAUAAAACUAGUUAUUUUCAAAAAAGACUGAGUUUUUUACGUUGUGAGUUAUAGUAUAGUAUGUGUGUAUUAGUUUAUUGUAAUUUGUGUUGUGAUUUUAAUGAUUGAUGUAACGAACCAGUGUACGGCAAGAUGGACGAAUUGUCUAAGGGCAUGACACAAACAGGAAACACCGCUACAACUGACAAAAUUCAAGAAAAUGAUGAUGGCUCGUCGACUUCAGUAGUAUACGUGAAUGAAACGUGUUUGGAGUGUGAAAGGGUGCGGGCGGCGUGCGAGCGGCUAGGCACGGUGGCGGUCGCACCAAGCCCAGAAGCCCUACCACCAGCUCAGCAGACCCCUGCUCCGCCAUCUUACGUUAUCACCUCACCAUUCGAAGGCGACCUCUUUGACACUGCACACAGAGCAAAAUACAGAGUGCUGGGACCUACAGCGGUCCUACAGUUGUCGGAGCGCGAUGAGCCACCACCGGCGACGGCACGUCCUCUCUACUCGCUGGCGAUGCGCGGCGCUGUUAUAUGUUUCUCAGGAUUCCGGAAGAAGGAUGAACUUACGUACCUGAUAACCCUGAUCCACUACAUGGGCGGGUCGAUCCGCAAGGACAUGUCGAGUAAAGUGACGCACCUGAUCGCGGCCGCCGCGACGGGUGACAAGUACCGAUAUGCGUCCGGAUUCGGCCUGCCCGUACUGGCGCGCUCCUGGGUCGACGCCUGCUGGGAGCGGCGCGACGACCCUGCCUGUCUCGCCACUGAUGAUAACAUCAUCAAAGAACACAAACUAAAAGUGUUUGCGGGCGCUCGCGUCUGCUUCGUGGGAUUCCCUGAAGAUGAGACUCAACACAUGGCCGAAGUGCUGGCCAGCAAUGGCGGCGGCACCUGCCAGCUCGACGACCCCGACUGUACGCACGUUGUAAUGGCCAAUGGGGAGACUUUCGGUCGUUCGCUUAUCCUAUCACCCCACCCGAGUACACCUAACUCAGCGAAACCAUCCCGUGCCACUCCCAACCGUUCCCAGUCUACUCCUAAGAGCUCACUUUACCGCAGACUGUCGGCGCGGUUGUCGGGCCGCCGCGCUAGUCCCACCAAGCAUGCAAAUGAUAUGUCGCACGAUGACAGAGAGCAGCGCUUGCACAUAGCGCGAAACAGUAUUAGAGAAAAACAAGCCAAAACUGUUAGCAAAGAUCAAACAGAUGACAGUACGUUCAGUAUUAGUUUAGUAGGGAAAUCAUUCACCGAUGAUUUGUACUCCAACUUUGACACCACCAAGAGCCCUCCGCAUGUUGAACGUGUGGAAAUGCGAAAAUACACUAUAAGUGAAAAAGAAAAUAAUAAAAACAUAUCUCAACUUGUACACGGAUCGGAUAAAAUUAACUCUAAGGAUAAGAGAGAAGUUUUUAGAAAUAAGUCCAUGAAUGUUUUCAACUUAGUUGACUGCCUUACUGAAGCCGGGUCCUUACACUCCUCCUUAACGAAAAGUUUAUGUGACCUCGACGCGAAAGAUGAACCAGUGUUUUUGUUGGCCAGUUCAACUGGCGGCAAAGAAUUACAACAGUCUACAACAACUAUAUCGUCUGGCAAGAAAAGAAGUCGUAAUUCUACUGACUCUAAUUUUCAAGUUAGCACAAUUGACGCCAAUCUGUCGCCUGAUAAAUGUGAAGAGAGUAACUGGAAAUCUAUUAAAAGAUUAAAAAUAAAAGACUCCUUCAAAUUUAAAAAUAGACCCACUAUAUUCAAACGGACAAAAAAAGAUUCAGUAUCUAAAACUACUGGCGAAAUCGUGGUGGAGCCAGUAAGUCCAGACAGUGUUAAACCGACUGAUCCUGCUGGAGAAUUCGUAGCUUCAACGUCUUCACCAAUCAAAGAAGAUGAUAACACUUCUAUUUGUUCCAUGAACACAAGUAAGCAAUCCGGGUUUUUCGACAUAUCAUUUGCUUCAAUAAGAAGUUCUAAAACGGUGAAAUCUGCUUCCAAAUUACGACGGAGUGUGAAAUCAUUUACAGCUUCGUUUAGAAGUGAAAGAAAAAAGAAAUACGAAAAGCGAGCAGAGCGUAAUACUGUAGAAGUAGACGCGAGCCACUUACCAUCAGAUUUAAAGAACAUUUCGACACCGAAGCAAACUUUCGAUGGAAUGAAUUUAGAUAUUUCUCCAGUUCAGGUCGACACUGUCGACAGCACUGGCCUAGUCACUCCAAUUAGGAACCAAGUAGCUGAUGUGGACGAACUUGAUGAUUCGACAGUCUUUAAAACUCCCCAAAGUGUGUGGCUACGAACUCAUCGACACUCGAUCUGCGGCGGCUCCGAGCUACGCAUGAGUAGCGCGCCGAGCGUAGCUUCAGGGUCACCAUGCUUCAGCCGCGCUGCGCUCACCCCACUACUUCCCCUCGCAUCCUUCGCCCCGCCCCCUUCCUGCUCCGCCCGCGACCAGCCGCCGCCCGCCUCGACGCCCCCCAUCCGUGGCGCCCACGCCAUAUCGCAAUGCCAUGGAAUAUCGCUGCCGGUUGUCGACGAGCAUAAUAUACCGGUCGCACCAGAUUGUUCGACGCGGGUACACGUCGUCAAAGCUGAAUGGUUCUGGGCUUCUGUGCAAAAUGAGGAGGCACAGGAUGAACGAGAUUAUCUUUUCAAAGACUAUUUAGACGAGGUGUCGCGGCGGUCGUCGGUGGGCGGUGCGGGCGCGGGCGCGGCGGCAGAAGAGGCGGCGGCCACGCCUAGUACGGAGGCCGGCGCCACGCCCUCGCACCUGCAGCGCCUGCGCAAGCGCAAGCUGCGCGGCGGAGACUCGGCGCUGCACAAGCGCCGCUCGUCCGUGGGCGACGCCGUGCUGCUAAGCCUGUCCGGGAACCUGCUCGACUGCACUCCCUCGCCCGACGGCAAGCAGCUACUAGAAGAGUCCGAAGUUCCUGACACGGUUGUGAGGAAAUUGUUGUCACCGCGGCAGCAGGUGUUCAUGGAGCUGUUACAAACAGAAUCCAACUAUGUUGGAAUAUUGCAUACUAUAGUUACGAUGUUUAAACAACCUUUAGAGGAGAUGACCGAGGACGACAAUAGUAAUGGAAAAAAUCAAGCAUUGCUCAAUAAUACUGAACUAAAAAUUAUAUUUGGAAACUUACCGCCUAUUUAUGAAUUACAUCAGCGAAUGUUAGAAGAGUUACGUUAUGCACAAGCGCACUGGAGCGAGGAGACAAGCAUUGGGCGACUAGUCCUGCGCUACACGCCUGACAUGGUGAAGGCAUACCCGCCAUUUGUCAACUUUUUUGAAAAUACCAAGGAGAUGCUGCAACAGUGCGACCGUGAGAACCCAAGAUUUCAUGCAUUCCUGAAAAUCUGUCAAACAAAGCCAGAGUGUGGCAGACAAAGUUUACAGGAGCUAUUAAUAAGACCAGUGCAGCGGUUACCUAGUAUAAGUUUAUUACUCGAUGACAUAUUGAAGCACACACACAAGAACAAUCCAGACCACGGCGCUCUGGUGCAGGCACUGGCCGGCCUGCGCGAGGUCAUGUCACAUAUCAACGAGGACAAGCGCAAGACCGAGGGACAGCUACAGAUGUUCGACAUCUACAAUGACAUCGACCAGUGCCCGGCCCACCUAGUUUCAUCUCAUCGGUCGUUCGUAUCACGUUGCGAAGUAGUGGAGUUAUCUAAAGAACUAUCUGGCAGAGGAGACCAUCUCGUACUAUUUCUAUUCACGGAUACCAUGGAAGUCUGCAAGAAAAGAUCCAAAGCUUUUAAUAGUAAAAGUCCUACAAAUGGCACUGGCACCAUGCGGAUAGGCUCAAGCAAGCCCUAUAGGCAUAUAUCAUUAAUGCCCCUCAGUACAGUGAAACGUGUCGUCGAUAUACGGGAAGCAGAAGACUGUCACAACGUAUUCGCGCUAAUGUGCCGUAAUAAUCAAGAGCUCAAAGAAAAGUUGUUCUCUUUCAUGAUAACUGAUGAAACCGUAGACAAGUCACAUUUUCUUCGACAACUUUGCAGGCAAAUGGCAAACACCGUCUGCAAAGCUGAUGCUAGGAUUUUUACUACUGAUAUUUUCGUAAUAAUACAAAGAUUACCAAAACUGUCUCCAUGUGUAACAAACGAUGGGCUCGCUGCCAUUGUAGCGGUAAGUCCCCUCUUUGAGGAGUGGCUUGUGAGACGCUAUGGCUUCCUCACCUACCGCCUGACGCAGAUCCUCACCGGACAUAGAAGUUUCGGGAGGUACCUGUGUCUGAUGGGGGGGAGCACCGCCGUGCCGCGCGACCUCUCGCGUCCGGGCCUAGUACAGGUCAUGAUGCGGAGCGAGAGGGAUUGGGAUGCCGUCUUCUCCUUUUGCGAAGCAGUUAUGCUAGCUAAGGAGGAGGUGGGACGCGUGAGGCAGCGUAGCGCUGCCUCCUUGCAACCCAGCCAUCGCGAAGGACACACCGGGCCGGCCGGCCGGGGAUCGCGGGACGAUCUCCGGCCACCUGUUGAAAAUUGUUUUCAGGACAAAUUCUUAGCAUGCCUAGAGUCGCACCAACUCGAUAUCGACACGAGCGAGCUCGCGCUGAGCACUCUAUCGAAAGUGUCAAAGUUUGCAGCGCGCACCAGAAUCAAGCUGGAGGCGCUGGCGGGGCUGACGGGGCUGCUGCGGCCCGAGCCAGGCUCCGGCCUGCUAGACACAUGGGUAUUGCGCGCUCACUUACUCGCACAGGUGGGUCGUGCGUUUUCAUUCAACAAAACGCCGUCGAAACUGAAGCGUGCGAUGUCGUCGAUGAUCUCGCCAUUCGGUUCCACCUCCAACCUCACGCCCGCCUCGCAGCUCGCACAGAUGAGACUCGCUAGCUGUAAUAACAUCAACGAGAUGGGCACGAGCGGCGGCGGCGCGGGCGGCGGGGGCGACGUGCUGGUGGCGCCGCUGUCGGUGCAGCCCACGCGCAAGGCCGCGCCGGGCGCCGCGCUGCGCCGGUUCUGACGCCGCGCGCCGCGCCGCGCCUGACCUCAGCCGCCGCCCUGAUCGGGCUGUACUGGAAUUGUGCAACUUUACUAAAUUAUUCGAAAGUAUUAUGAGUUGCCUAUCGAGAUCGAAUACGAGUGUCAGUUGUUAAUCAAAGUGUGCUUAGAUGUUGUCAUAAAUUCAUAACUGUACAAGUUUUUGUCGUAAAUGUGAUAUCGGGCAGUGUGUUCGGUAGCUACCAGUGAAACUCCACUACUUAUGAAUCUUGUAAUUUUAUGAAGGUGUAUAAUUAAAUUAACUAUUUUCGUUAUAAACUACGGCCUAUUCGUGGCUUAGCCAACUUGCCAAAAAGCGUUCACAUCAACAAAUCAAUGUAUAACCAAGGUCAACCUGAUUUAUAUUUCUAUUAAGUUUAUCAAUAUUACUACAAUCACGUUUUUAUGCACAAAUAAUAGUAAUAGUAAGUCUAGUUCAAAUAAUGGUAUCCAUUUUAACCUAUCAAACAUAAUAUCCUAUUGAUUUGUUGAUAAGUGAUAUUUUUUGAAGUUAAAUAUUAAAAAUAUAGCCAUAAAAUAUUAAUUAUAUACGAUGCAAUCGAUGGCCUAAGUUUAGCUAACUUACGAAUUUAUUCAUCUGUCAACAAGUUACAGUAAACAUUACUGAUAUUAUUGAGAUUUAGUUUUGAAAAUAAUUUGUACAUAUGUGAUAUUUUAAAUAUAUUGUGAAAUAGAUCAUAGCAAACACUAGAUCAUAGUAGGAUACCCAUGAUAUCAAUCUGAUGGUGAUUCAAACCUUCCUUAAAGUGAAUUGUUAUUUGGUAAUGGACAAUGAAUUACUCAAACGUUUGAAUCGUUCAGGAUGGGUAGAUAGGUGUUGUAAAUAGUGUACGGAACAUGAGCAGCUUAUGUAAACUAGGCGCCCUCGAAUGUAUCUUUAAAUAUAUUAAUUCGCGUCUAUAAGUUUUAUGAGAGUCUCACCUAGGCUACUAUCAUCAAUCAUGUGUACACAUGUUGCUACAUUGUACAAAAGAACAAUAUUUAUAAUAUUUUAAAUGAUUGAUAAAAUAAACAUUUAUUUUCAAUCAAUUGUGUUUGUUGUUUCUUAGAAACGUUUUCACCUUUAAGACGUCACAAAAAAUAUUUUUUACAUUCAUAUUAUUUUUAUAUAUCGUUACUUAUUAAUACAUGUCAUACUGUAAAAUACGUAUAUACAAUUGAUCAGCUGGCUUGUGGUGGGUGGUGCAGGAAAGCGUAAGCGUUGUUAAUCGCGCGUAGCGGUAUCGCUAACACCAAGAACACCAUUGGAACGGCUGCUAGGCACAUAUAUUGAGUUGGCAUUUCUGCUCCUGAUAGUCUUGAUAGUUUUAUAGCGAUAGUGAUCUGUAAAUAAUAUUUUUCUUUGAACAAUACAAACACAUAACUAUGUUUAUAUGUUUUGUAAAAGAAAAUUUACAUUCAUACCAGUGUUACAAAAGGGACAAUUUGCCAUUGUAUUCCUAUACGUGACGAGCACGUAUUAUCUUCUGUAGCCACAUUCAUGUCAGAUUGGAAAUCGUGGCUGCGGUAUACGUACAACAGGCCGAUCAGUUCUAGUAGUACCACAAGCGGCGUCCCUAUGCCUGUCAUAAUUGCAUCCACACUGUCCAAAAAUGCUAUGCCACCCUGUAUAAAAAAAAUUAUUACCAAAUCAAACUAUGGUACUCCCACAAAUUAUUGUACAUUAAUACUCACAUUUGUUGCAUAAAUCAUACUAAGUAACAUACAAGAUAGUAUCAGGGCAGCUACUACAAGUUGUUCCUUAAAUCUGCGAAAUAAUAAAACAAUAUUUUCAAUUGAAAUAUAGUUUAUUAUUAUCCGCGCGCCUCAAGCGGCAAAAUUUAGAAGUUGUCUAAGAAAGACACUUUUCUUUCGAGUUGUCGUUAAUAAGUUGAAACAUAAUCAAAUGGAUCACGAUUACGUACAGAAACCUGUUUUUAAUAAAAGCAGAAACACAAAAUAUUGAUGCGUUUCUCAAUUUACAUUGAGAUAAUACUUAUGGAGAUUCAGGAAUAAGUUUUCAUUUAUUUCCAAAACACAAAAUUAUGAAUGAAAUAAAUUUUCUUCCUGUAUGGAAAGAGGAAUAAUCAGCUGAAAAGCAAUUAACCAUCACAGAUUUACUCAGCAGUGAUAUGUAUUUAUUUACUUUUACGGGUAUUCGUACAAUUGAACUUUUAGAACAUUUCAUAAUGGUAAAAAUUAAACAAAAUAUGUUAUUUAGCCAUUGGUGUUUUGUUUGGUAUAAAUAUGCAGAGAUGUUCUACUUAUUUUAACAAAAUGUGCCCCAUGCUGAGUUGAGUACUUUAAAGUUGUUAUUCCUUGGCCUGAUACCGAAAUGAUACGUAGUAACUUACCUAAACCAUUCCAAAAAAAUAAAAAUAUAUUAUUAUGAAUAAUAUUAGUCUGUGCUGAGACUGUGAUUGAAAAAUGUAAAUGUUUAAAAUGUAGAAACGUACUCGUUGAUUAAUUUUGCAAUUUAUUUAAAUAUUUAUAUACAUGAAACCGCAUACAUUUUAAUAAAUACUUUUUCUGUGACUUAAAUUAUACACGAAAACUGUCAGUGUCGUUCUUAGAAGCUUCACAGUUUUGACACUAGAGGCGCUAGUUAGAAUUUUUGCAUCGUCAAUUGUCUGUCAUUAAAAUUAAUUUGCGGGAAUAAAGCAUCAGUUAUACUUACACUAAUUUUACUCUGUAUUCAAAUAUAGUAUGCAGCGCUGUUUUCAAUAACAUAAACGUCACUGUUAAGUAAGAAAACGUCAAUCCACCAAAUACUAGAGUUGUCCUAAAAUUAACACACACAGAUACAUAAUUAAGUACAUAGUAGGUAUAAGCUUGAAAACAUAAUAAGUUGUUAAUCUAUAACUUACACAAGAUGUGAGUAAUUACCCAGUGAAGUACAUUUAGAGUACAUAGGUAUAAUCCAUGUAGUUCCUGUCAAACAACAAAAUAGAACAGACAGACACUUACAAAAAUAUGAAUUUUGAGGAUUUUAGUAAAUAUUUGUGUGCCUACGUAAACAUACCUUCUCUCAUGGUAUAGGUAGUGGUUGAAUUCAGUUGCAUGUAGUCAAUAAAUGCGCACAUGGCAGCUCCGCCUGAGUGGAGGCCCAUCAGCAUUAGAACUAUUACGGAAUGCCACACGUUCUCGUUGUUGAAGUCCGGGUCUAUGUGGCCAUUAGCUACAACAGAAGAUUCACCAGCCUACUUGUACUUCCCAAACUAAAUAUUGCAAGUCUAGUACUUAGCUAUCUGUAAAUGACUAAUCAUAUUUGACACCACAGACGCCUUCAAUUUGUCCAACACAUCACAAAGUUUUCGUGGAAAAUGCAUCGAUUUCACCAGCUGGUCGACUGAUAGUGUUUUAGCAUUACAGUUUAGUUCUUUGCCCUGAGAAAGGUCUCAAUAAGAAAUAAAAAGCAACUAGGAAAAUAUAAGGAACUGCAAGUCUACAACCCUUUUGGAAAUAACACAUAAUUAUGUAUUUUAUUCAGUGGAAACGUACCAAAGUGAUUUAAUGCUUUUCCAUGUAUCAGUUCAGUCCCAACACCAAGAGAAUGAGUAUAUAGUGAAACUUCCAAAGCAUCUGCUACAGCCUGCAAUAUCAAAGUGAAUGUUCGAGGGUAGCUCGUAGCAAAAAAACCUUCGAAAUUUAAAAUUUCGAAGGUUUUUUUGCGAUUUACAGCUCAAUAUAGCAUUAUAGGUAUGAUGAUAAAAUAUAUAUUCGCGGUAUUGAAAUGUAUAUAUUUACACAGUUAUACUUUUAAAACCAUCUACAUAACUGUAAUUUAGCGAAGGUCUACGUCAAAUAUUUACUAAAAUGGUACAUCGUAGAAAGUCACUGAAUUGCUCGCGGGCUAUCUUGGACCAUUUACCUUAACGAAAUAUGAUUUGCGCUUAGACUGAGGUAUACCUAUAAUCUUAGAUUUACGUACAAAAAAUAUUAGAAAAUUUUAUAGAAUACACGAUGUUACAAAUCAGAGAAGUACGUACUGCUAUUAUUUCAUUGCUACCAAGUUUAACCGAUCUUCGAAAAGUUUUCGUCCAUGACAGGUUAGUAGCAGCAUAUACCACAAAGAUUGUAGUCCACACAGUUGGUACGAUUAUAAACCAAGGCUUAAUAUUGUUCCAAAUAAGCUAAAACUAAGAAAAUACAGACAAAACCAAGGUAUUACGUUAAACAAUCACAUUAUUACAAUGUUCGUUGUUUGUGUCCGUGUUCUUGAAGGAUAAAUAGGUAGGUAUUUGUACUACGGAGUGAUCUAUCUAUACAGGUUGGCUUGUAACUACUCAUGAACUAGAGUUAGUAAACCGAAUUAUGUUUUAUGACUAGGAAUGUUUACUUACUCUACUGUAAUUAAAUUUUUCCAUUAUCAUUAUUAGCCAUAGAAUGAGCCAAGCGAAAAUAAUAAUCACCGCGAGAGGUAGAUUGAACCUCCCUAAUCUGUUUACUGUACGAUAUUGUACCACUUCGACGCUGGAAUAUAAUAUGAGUGUUAUAAUAAUAUCCAUUGAGUAUUAUGAUUUCUUUUAUGUAUUUGUUUUAUAAAUAGAUAUAAAACAAAUACAGUACUUACUUAUUGAAACUUACUAAAAAAAAUUAUAGGCUGGAGUGCUGUAGACACCAGGAUACCGCCCGAUGUAUGUUUCAUUGCAUACUCCAAUUUUAGUUUCAAAUUUGUACUUAGACCUACGAAAAUAAAUUUCUUUUAAUAGAAGAGUUGCCUUAAAAUCUUGAAUACCUAAAUAAAAUACAACCGCCAAUGUUACAUCUGAAAUUCUAAGUUAUUGCUUUAUGUAGGGUAUACUUAAUAUGAUGUACCUGAAAUUGGUGGCAUUCCGCCAGGAUUUAGGUCUUAUUCCAAUAUUGUUUGUCUCGUUAUAAGAGUCUUCGGGUAUUAUUUUGGAUUUUAACUAAAACAAUAAUAAUGUUAAGUCAAAAGUAUCUACCUACCCUUAAUCUCAUGCAUUCUUGAGCAUUGAUGUAAGUAUGUACAUUGUUUAAGUACUAAUGCCUACUGUCCACGACGCGUUAUUUGAUGCAGGUAUUUGUUGGUAGGCGGCCUUCUAGCACAGUAGGUAGCUUCUAGCGUCACUCACAAGUUUACUAAAUAUUUAUUUAUUUACAUAAUAGUUCUGCGCAUAUAUAGGACAAGGCGAACUUAAUGCCUAGGGCAUUCUCUGCCAAUCUACCUUAGGGUGAUACAGAGACAUAAUACGGUAGAUGCAUAAGCUUUAAUACUAAAAUGACUAGGUUGCAUCCAUUCAUAGGCAUAAAGUAGAAGAAAUUAAAGUAAAGAUGUAUGUUAGAGUCAUGUUAUUUUGGAUUUCAUUGAGACAGGUGUGUCUAUGAGUAGAUGUAUGUGUAAGUCAUGUCUUCGAGAUCGAUUUAUGAGGCUUUCCUGGAUGUAUUACCUGGAUCAGGUUACCUAACGUGGGCUUACAAAUAUACCUAUAAUUUUACAGAGGUAUAAGAACCCUAAAAAUUGUCAUAGUCGGGAAAAGUAAAAGACAUGCUUACAUAACCUCAGACUUCAAUGUCUGCCUUCCAUGGGAAUAGGCAGAGACUAUGGAACGCCAAUUGUUACAUACUUCUUUCGCUUCCUCAACAGAAGGGUACCUACUAUUAAUUAAAAGUGGAAUAUAUCGCAAUAUAUGCGAUAAAAUAUUGUUUUAACUCAAACAUAACAUCACGCCUUUUAUCCCUGAAGGGGUAGGCAGAGGUGCACAUUAUGCCACUGUACAAUGUAACACCCACUUUUCACUAUUUAUGUUAUGGGGACCCAUAACAUAAAUAGCGAAAAGUUUGAACUCCUUUUAAAUAAAAUACAUAUGUGCCUAAAUGACACUCACUCACCCCACGUAAAGCAUAAAAUUUUAAAUUCUUCAACUCGGGAUCAUAUGGCUUGAAAUUGAAAUCGCUGGAACGAACGUUAUUAAGUG